GACGAUCAUCAACGCUCCACCUCCUUACACUACUCAUUGCAAUGAAUGCUGACGCCCUCAACGGCCGUCUGCUGUUCGCAAUCCCGAAGAAGGGGCGGCUGCAUGAAAAAUGCCUUGAGCUGCUGGCAGGUGCGGAUAUCCAAUUCCGGAGAGACCACAGGCUGGACGUUUGCCUCGUUAAGAACCAACCGAUCGCUCUCGUAUUUCUUCCCGCAGCUGACAUCCCGUCUUUCGUCGGCAAGGGAAAUGUCGACCUUGGGAUUACUGGACAAGACGUCAUUCUUGAAGCGCGAAUGCAAGAGCACGUCACGGAGGUCCUCAAGCUUAGCUUCGGAAAAUGCGCACUACAAGUUCAGGUUCCUGAAGCGGGUUCGAUCCAGACGGUGGAGCAGCUUGCGGGCAAGCGAGUGGUGACCAGUUUCGAAGUGCUUUCUGGAGAAUACUUUGGCAAGCUAGACCGGCAGCUCAACCUGACAGGAGAGCAGAAGACGAAGAUAGAGUACGUUGGCGGAAGCGUGGAGGCUGCGUGUGCGCUUGGCCUUGCAGAUGGAAUAGUCGACCUCGUGGAAUCGGGAGAUACCAUGCGUGCAGCAGGCCUGCACGCGAUAGCCACUCUCCUCCAGUCCGAGGCUGUGCUCAUCAAAUCCAGCAAGCCGAAACACGAGUCUCUGGAACCCCUAAUCAAGCUCCUCACAAGCAGAAUAGCGGGCGUCGUCGCAGCCAGCAAGUAUGUCAUCUGCGAAUAUAACAUUCUGCGAGAAAAGCUGCACGCGGCAACGUCGAUUACGCCUGGUCGCCGGGCGCCGACGAUCAGUCCGCUCGAGGAUGAGGAUUGGCUUGCGGUGAGCAGCAUGGUGGAGAAGCGGAAAGUGGCGGACGUCAUGGAUGAGCUGGUGAAGAUCGGUGCGGAAGAUAUCCUUAUUUUCAACCUAGACAACUGUAGAGUGUGA